AUGUCUUCCUUCAACGUCGUUGUUUUCGGUGGUGACCACUGUGGUCCUGAGGUUACUGCCGAGGCUGUCAAGAUUCUCCGUGUCGUUGAGAAGGCGCGCGGUGUUACCUUCAACCUGCAGGACCACCUGCUUGGUGGCGCUUCCAUCGAUGCCACCGGUUCUCCCCUGACCGAUGAGGCCCUGAAUGCCGCCAAGAACGCCGAUGCUGUGCUUCUCGGUGCCAUCGGAGGACCUAAAUGGGGUACUGGCUCCGUCCGCCCCGAGCAGGGCAUCCUCAAGCUCCGCAAGGAGAUGGGCACAUUUGGCAACCUGCGUCCCUGCAACUUCGCUGCUCCCUCGCUGGUCGAGAGCUCCCCCCUCAAGGCCGACAUUUGCCGCGGUGUCGACUUCAACAUCAUCCGUGAGUUGACUGGUGGUAUCUACUUUGGUGAGCGCAAGGAGGACGAUGGCUCCGGAUACGCCAUGGACACUGAGCCCUACUCCCGUCACGAAAUUGAGCGCAUCAUUCGCCUCGCUGCCAACCUUGCUUUGCAGCACAACCCUCCCCUUCCUGUUUGGAGCUUGGACAAGGCCAAUGUCCUCGCUACCAGUCGUCUCUGGCGUAAGGUCGUCACUGAGGUUAUGGAGAAGGAGUACCCCCAGGUCUCCAUUGGUCACCACCUCAUUGACUCUGCCGCCAUGUUGAUGAUUAAGGAUCCCCGUAAGCUGAACGGUAUUGUUGUUACUAGCAACCUGUUCGGUGAUAUCAUUAGCGACGAGGCCAGUGUUAUUCCCGGUUCUCUGGGUCUGCUUCCCAGUGCCAGUCUGAGUGGUAUCCCCGAUGGCAAGAGCCGUGUUAACGGUAUCUACGAGCCUAUUCAUGGAUCUGCCCCCGAUAUCUCCGGCAAGGGCAUCGUCAACCCCGUCGCUGCUAUCCUCUCUAUCGCUAUGAUGAUGCAGUACUCUUUCAACAUGAUCGAUGUCGCUCGCGUGAUCGAGACUGCCGUGAGCAACGUCAUCGAGGCCGGUGUCCGCACUGGCGACAUUGGCGGCUCAGCCAAGACCACCGAGGUCGGUGAUGCCGUUGCCGCCGAGCUUGAGAAGCUGCUCAAGUAA